GCAGAGACAGAAUUGAGGCCGAACCCCUUUUUUGCUGGCUCCUCUCCAGCCAUGAAGACUUUCUGAUUUCUUUUUUUUUUUCCACGGGGAAAGUUAAUGAGUAACCCGGUGGAGGUGCAACCUUCAGCAGGCGUCAGAGCGCUGACAAGAACACAAGCAGAUCUUCCGUCCUGGGUUAGUUUGGAGUCCUGCUGUGUUUGCAGACCAUGGACAACCCACACUUCCAGCCGUCCGGCUCGGCACCCAAGCUGGACGCGGUGCAGGGUCAGGUGAACGAGGUGAAGGUGAUCCUGAGAGACAACAUCGACAAAGUGCUGGAAAGAGGCGACCGACUGGACGACCUGAUCGGCAAGACGGACGACCUGCAGGCCUCGGCCGACUCCUUCCAAAGGACCUCCACGCAGGUGGCCAGGAAGUACUGGUGGAAGAACAUCAAAAUGAUGAUCAUAAUCGGCGUGGUGGUUCUGGUCGUCCUCAUCCUCAUCAUCCUCUUUGCUACCAAUGUUAUUUAACUCAAUCGCCCGACAUGGUGAGGCCUGGAGGAAACUCUGAUUGCUAAACACUCCACACCACCUUCUCCCGUCCCACUAAAUUAAUUCUUUUACCCAGGUUCAUAAAUCCAUGUUUUAUUGGUUUCUCACACUUGCCUAUGUUGGAUACAUUAUCCAUGUGUGUGUACAGUGGAACCCUGAUUUACCAACCGCGCCAUUUGCGGACUUCUCCAUUCACACACUUUUACAUUUAUUCUGCUUUCCGCCUGCAAAUAAGAAAAAGCAGGGCGCGGCUUUUCACGUCACUUCUCCACGCCGGCUUUCUGUGUUUCUACGCCCUUUGUCAGGUUUUGUGCAUUUUGCUAACUCGAUGAGUUCCCGAAACAUUGAGAGAGCUCACAAGUAUUGGAGAAUUGACGAAGCGAGGUUCCUACAGUUUUCUGGAAAAAUAUGCCAGAGCAGACUUAGCGUAUUCUUCGGAAUAUAAGUCGCAGUUUUUUUUUCCAUAGUUCCAUAGUGUGCGACUUAUACUCAGGAGCGACUUAUGUGUGAAAUUACUAACACAUUAUCCUCCAUCCAUCCAUCCAUUUUCUACCGCUUGUCCCUUACGGGGUCACGGGGGGGCUGGCGCCUAUCUCAGCUACAAUCCGGCGGAAGGCGGGGUACACCCUGGACAAGUCGCCCUCUCAUCGCAGGGCCAACACAGAUAGACAGACAACAUUCACACACUAGGGCCAAUUUAGUGUUGCCAAUCAACCUAUCCCCAGGUGCAUGUCUUUGGAAGUGGGAGGAAGCCGGAGUACCCGGAGGGAACCCACGCAUUCACGGGGAGAACAUGCAAACUCCACACAGAAAGAUCCCGAGCCUGGACUUGAACCCAGGACUGCAGGAACUUCGUAUUGUGAGGCAGACGCACUAACCCCUCUGCCACCGUGAAGCCCACACAUUAUCCUAAAAUACCAAAUAAUAUUAUUCAGCUCAUUCACGUAAGGGACUAGACGUAUAAGAUUUCAUCGGAUUUUGCGAUUAGGAGUGACAGAUUGUUUGGUAAACUUAUAGCAUUUCCUAUAUGUUAUAGUUAUUUGAAUGACUAUUACCAUAAUCUGUUAGGUUAACAUAGCAGGCUCCUUCUCAGUUAUAAUAAUAAUAAUAAUAAUAAUGGAUUAGAUUUAUAUCGCGCUUUUCUAUUGUUAUAUACUCAGAAGUGGGAACCCAUCAUUCAUUCACACCUGGUGGUGGUAAGCUACAUCAGCUGCCCUGGGGUAGAGUGACGGAAGCGUGGCUGCCAGUUUGCGCCUACGGCCCCUCCGACCACCACCAAUCAUUCAUUCACCGGUGUGAGCGGCACCGGGGGCAAAGGCUGAAGUGUCCUGCCCAAGGACACAACGGCAGCGACUUUGAUGUCCAUAGGUGGGAAGCGAACCUGCAACUCUCAGGUUUCUGGCACGGCCGCUCUACCCACUACGCCAUACCGCCCCCAAGUUGGUUAUUUAUGCCUCAUAUAACGUACACUUUUUCAGCCUGUUCACUAUUCUUUAUUUUAAAUUGCAUUUAAAAGUCUAUUCUUGGUGUUGGGUUUUAUCGGAUAAAUUUCCCCCAAAAAAUGGGACUUAAGUUUUUUUCCUUCUUUAUUAUGCAUUUUCGGUAGGUGCGACUUAUACUCCGAAAAAUACGGUAUUUCACUGCGGAGGAAAAAAACGCUACCUCUCAUUCCCUUUCUCUCCCGAUGUUAAAGUUAAGGAUUUGUGUGAUUUCUGAUCGUUUGUGAGGGCACCAAAGGGAUUUCUGUGGCAAAUUGGCUUGUUUUUGUUUAAUAAAGAGAAAGUUGAUUCAUUUUUUUAUGUUUGCCUGAUAUACAGUACUGUAUGGCACUUUAUAUUGUGUUCAAAGUGUACAAACCUUUGCUAAUACACAGACUUUUGUCCAGGCUGAAACCCACCAUUAAUAUUUACGUCGUUUCUCAUACAAACUUUGUGGUUUAACAAGAACCAAUCCAUUUGGUAAAUCGAGGUUCCACCGUAAAUGUUCUAUCUAAGACUGAUGAAUACGUGUCUUUGCUACCACAAGGCUGUAAAUAAGUGUCUAUUUGUCUACGUAAUAAAUGAAGUGAUUCACAAA